AUGGCGCGCUACAAGGUGAUCAUCGUUGUACUCAACGAGACCCGGUUUUCCGAGCAAAGCCAACUGGACGAGGUGGGUGCCGGCGACAAUUUCUUCUGGAGCUGAUUGUCCUUGGUGAAUUCAACAUCCGUGUCGGCACAGACCAUGCUGUCUGGAGAUGAGUGCCAGGUCCCCAUGGUCUCGUCGGCUCGAAUGGCAAUGGCCUGCAUCAAGGAGAAGUCUCGCAGGAUCCCAAGCACGCGACAAUAGUCCAUCUCUACGAGCAGAAAUGUAGUUGCCAGCUCUCUAACAACCAUCGGGGCAUCUCAUUGUUGAAAAUCACCGGGAAGAUUUUCGCUCGCAUCCUUCUCAACCGCCUGAACAAUCAUACGGGACAGGGUCUGCUGCCGGAAAGUCAGUGAGGUUUCCGCCCUCAUCGUGGAACCACGGACGUGAGCUUCGCCGCCCGUCAACUGCAGGGGGAGUGUCAGGAGAUGCGAACGCACCUCUACUCUGCCUUCAUGGAUCUGAGAAAAGCCGUCAACAUGGUGAAGCGCCGAGGAAAAUCAUACGUAAAUUCGGCUAUCGCGAGCAAUUCACUGAGAUGGUGCGUUAGCUCCACGAUGGCAUGAUGGCGCCUGCUGAUCAACCUGACAAACUGGGAAGACCUCCUUCUCCUUCUCCUCCAUCACCACCUCAAAGUAUGCCGCUGUGGGGUCUGCCAUGCCCAUCAACACUACACACAGUUCUGACAUACCAUCAAACACCAACACCACCACCGUCAACACCAGUGAUGACGGCCUGGUAUAUACCUGUCCUCAAUGCGAUCGCACCUUCAACUCACUCAUCGGCUUGGUCGGUCAAUUGCCAAUCAUCGCACGGUGACUGGCGAACCAGUGUCUGGAGCACCAAUUUACACUGGCCGCAUCCGCCUCCACUGUCCACAUUGCACUCUCACAUUUAUUCACCGCAUGGAUCUAUUAGGCCACAUGCGCGUCCACAAAAACCUGUGGUCGAAAACCGUCGGCUGCACCACACCAUCACAUCCUCCCUCACCAGCAUCUCACGGCAUAGCAACAUCAUCCACCACAAGCACCCAACUGCCACCUCCCACGAAAGUGGAAAUUCUUCGUCACAGUUCCGUCUCCAUGCGGCUCCUCUGCUGCAUGUGUGAUCGGAGUCUGGGACGAAGACGGUGUGUCAAGCACCGUGACUCGCAAGGCAGCCGACUGACCCCUCAGCUCAUUCAACACAGUCUGCCCAGUUUGCGUGUGUUGUUUGGAGUGGAGAAGAACUGGUGGGCUGAGAGGCAGGCUGUCACGGUCCAUUCUCAAUCCAUCUGUGACACUCAUGCAUGCGAGGAGAGUGUUCGGUUAUGUACGUGUGCUUUUUGGGUAGUUACUCUCAGUCGACGACUGCUGGGUUACCCAUCCUUGAAGGGUGACGGCUCAGGCUAAAUGCUGGGUCAUGAGUCGCCCUUCUAGGUCAAAAGGUCUGAAGGCGUGUGCUAUGCCAGUAUCGCAGCCUAGUAUGUGCUGGCAAUCCCCUGACACCUGGAUCCUUGCCGGUGGAUGCGCUUGCGCUCCUGCUGGGUACAGAGGUGGUGGGCAUGGCUGUCAGUCACGGUUAUCCUUCUGACCCCUGCUGGGGUGUUGUUGUUGUUUGUGAAAAAUCCUGGUGAAGUGCAUGUUGUGGGGGUGUGGUGGCACGUCCAGGUGCGGGUCCAGCCGUACCAGCCAUCUACGCCCUCCCCCACCUCUGGUCUUCUUACUUCUUGUUGACUCCGGGUUCGGGCGUGAGAAGAGGAGAGAGUGCGGCCGAUGAUGCGCGAGUCCACUAUCACAACAAACUAAUUCAUGCACAAGUCACCAUGCCUGCUGCACUUUACUGUGUAUCACACGGUGGACAUCGUUGGAAUCGACGGUCGAAGUUCUUUAUGAGUAUUGCCUCCCAGUCGAUUACUGACUGGCUACCGGGCCCUCGGAGGGUGACGGACUAGGUUAAAUGCAGAGCUGUCUCUCACCCUUGUGGUCAUUAAGGACUGUGUGCGUAUGCUAUUCCACGCCUCGGCAAACCAUGGCUCUGGCAGCCUUGUGUGUGCUGACAGUUCCCAUGCACCUAGUUCGCCGCCGAUAGAUGCGCUUGCACUCCCGCUGGGUAUACAGGUCUCGUGCAUGGUUGCUCGCUCAUCCUCCUCUUUCUGACUCGUCAUUGCUUUUGGUUAAAAUGCUGGUUAAGUGCUUUUGUGGAGCAGGGGGUGUGGUGGUACGCCUAGGUGCGAUUCCGAUCGUAUCAGCCACCUGCGUGCUCCCCCGCCUUCGGUCUUCUUGACUAUGUCCAGACACCGAGCGCAGGCUGGAGAGGAGGCGAGAAUGCGCUAGAUGCUCUGGCACUAGUCCACUGGCACUAUAAACCAACUCUCGCACAAGUCACCGUGCCUGCUGUCAUCUUGCUGUGGAGCACACGGAGGACAUCGUCGGCAACGACGAUCGAACAGCAAGAAACAACACGAAACAAAGGGCCGGCUGGGGUGGGGGUUUCAAAUCAACCCGUGGGUUUCAAUAUUUUGCCUUUCUAAUACUACCUAAAUUGAUGGUUGAAUAAACUUCCAUAUGUAUACGAGAUCUUUGAAACUGUCCCACCCUGUUUCUCCUCUAGAUUUAUCCAGGGAAAUUUUGUGGUUCAGCACAGGCCGCGAAGUGUUUGGCAAAAUGAAAAGGUUUUAAAUUAAGUAUUCUGAUUUCGUCUGCACCCCCUUGAAGGGAAAUAAACUGUUCGUUGAGCUUCUAAUUUGAGUAGUAAUACAGUCAGCAUCGUGGGAGGGCACAGCCGAAGACUGUUCCCAACGCCAGGGUCGGUGGGUCUGAUGGUCGAACGAUCAUCACACCAACAUCCAACACUCAUGAUGAAAUUGCAGCAAGUAACGCCACCAAACAGUCAUCACACCAAGUGCAACAAUGCUCGCCCGCGCCCUCCCCACGUGACUGAUUCUCCUGCUGCGAUUUUCCCUGGGCUGGAGAAUCAGUUACGUGGGGAGGGCGCGGACGAGCAAUUAUCACAGUGACAGGGAGCCAGUUAGCCGAACAAUCGUCACACCAGCAUCCAGCACGGAUGACGAAAUCACGGCCAUUAACGACUCGGACUCGGACCGACAAGCCACCACCGCAUCAAUUACGACCCCAGCGGUGAUUGGGUGAGCUGUUAAUUACAGUGCGCAUACGGUCCAACUGCAGUCACGUGCUAUAAAUACUGUCCUCCUUGUGCCACCAUCACCUUUUAUCUGCGAAUUUCUCUGAUGAUAGAUUCGAGUGAGAAUCCGAAACGUCAGGCCAAUAAAUUUCUUGUUCCAGUGAUCGCAUCUUCAUCUUCUGAAUCGUUACGGUCCCCACUUCAGCACCAAUUUGAAGAUGUAAAGGGCAGUCAUCCUACUGACCCUACUGUAUGGAUCGGCGACUUGGACGGUACUGACCCUACUGUAUGGAUCGGUGACUUGGACGGUGUACAAGAAACAGGCACGUAGACUCAACCACUUCCACCCCAGCUGCCCCUGACGGAUAGUGAAGCUGAGGUGGCAGGACCGGAUCCCGGACACUGACGUACUGGAACAGACGGGAAUUCUCAGUAUCUACGCCAUGCUGAGGCAACUGCAACUGCACUGGAGCGGCCAUCUGGUGCGCAUGGACGAUGAGCAUUUACCCAAACGGCACUUCUACGGAGAUGUCGCCACGGGUUGCCGCCGACGAGGUGAUCAUAUCUGACGCUACAAAAAUUUCCUGAAGGUUCCUCUGAAGCGCCUAGAGAUCAACCCGGCCAAUUUGGACGACAUCGCCUGGGUCCGACCGACCUGGAGGAGAACAGUGAAGACAGGCGCAGCAAUCUACGAAGCCAACCGCAUGAUCGCCGCCCAAUCCAAACUUAACGGUCCCCAUCUCGCAACGCCAACGCUCGACCGCCCUCGAUCUGCUCACUACGUCAGUGGAUAUUCCGGACACUAAUCGGACUUGCUGGACAUCUUCAAACAAACUGCAGCACCCGGAUGGCACCACCCGAUAUUCUCCCGCCCAUGUCUGCCUCGCCCUCCACGCAGACUACUAACACUGACUGUGCUCAUGAAACCCCGAUAACAUCCUCCGCCGCCCCAACAUCCUCUGCAGUGGAUACUGUAUCCAUCACCACUGCACACAAUCCUGACACACCGACAAACAUUAAAUGUAACAGAAGAAGAAGAAGAAGAAGAAGAAGAAGAAGAAGAAGAAGAAGAAGAAGAAGAAGAAGAAGAAGAAGAAGAAGCGAUCGCUGGGACAGGGGGUUUAUUCGCCUGACGUUUCGGAUUCUCACUUGAACCCAUCAUCAGAGACAGAGGCAGAAAAUGUUGACUCAUGCACAUGCCCAAGUCCUUCAGCUCCUAAGGUCCUGUCUCAAGGCGUACUUCAUGUUUGACGGAACAAUCUACGAACAAGUGAAGGGAACACCAAUGGGCUCGCCGAUUUCGGGAUUCAUCGCCGAGGCGGUCCUACAACGGUUAGAGUCGCUGGUCUUCCAACACGACCGACCGAAAUUCUUGGCUCGGUAUGUUGACGAUACCUUCGUCGUCAUCGAACGGGAUCAGAUGCUAACGUUCAAAGAACGUCUCAACAGCGUCUUCCCGGACAUAAAAUUUACGAUGAAGGAUGAAGAGAACAGUCAGUUGGCCUAA